AUGCGGAAGAGAAGCAACAGUGGCAAUUGUCAGAAAGGCAGAAGCAGCAACAGCCUUGGCGGAUUCAACAGUAGCGGAGCGGCAGAAGAGGCAGCCGAAAUGUAUUUUUUUGCUCAGGCGAUUUGCCUGGAAGUCCACAUCCAGCCUAAAACUGGGGAGGAGACGGUUUCACCGCCGCUGACUUUGACUCCUCACGCGCAAAUAGAUGAGAUCCUGCCUAUUCCCUUAGCUAAGAGGCCUUCAUUCAAAUUUAGUGACGCUACCAGGAGCCCCGCCUGGCAAAGUACCCUUCUGGCGAAGGCACUUCAGGCAUUCCACUGCGCGAAGAUCCUCUGUGCUCCCCUUUCGAAGCCCUCAGUCAUGGACCAAGCAGGGCCUCAUCCCAGCGAGGGGCCCCAACGGCAGCUGCAGUGUCCUGAAGAACGAGAAAGGCGAAGGGACAGAGACAGCCGCAUCCGCAUCAGCAGCAGCAGGAGGCCCAAUGCGUGCGAGAUGGCUCAUUAUGUGUUGCAGUUGCUCACUUGUGCUUUGUUUUUCUGUGAUUUAUUUGUAAAUUUGUCCUUGGCCCUAUCGAAGGCCCCUCAGGGCCUCUCGCCUGCAUUCCUCGGGGCAUCUUCCUGCCCUUCGGGCUACCAGCAGCAACGGGAACUGCAAGCAGCAACAGCGACUGCAGCAUCAGCAGCAAAUCCAUUUGUCGCCAACAUGGCCACAAAAGAGGGAGCGCAAGCUCUCUUGCUUGCAUCCCGAGGGAUACGGUGCUCACGAGGCCUACGGGGGGCCCCCUUGAGGGGCCCCAACCCAGCCUUCCUGAGGCCCCGGGCCCUAGGCACUCUUGCAGCUGUAGCCCAGGCUGACACAGAUGCUGCAGCGCGCACUGCCCCAGCAGCAGCAGUAGCAGCAGGAAGAGAGGCCCCGCUGCGCCGGGUGUUCACUCGAACUAAGCAGAUAGCCACUAUAGGGCCCGCUUCAUGGGAGAAGCACCAGAUAGAAGACUUAUUUUUGUCUGGCGUGGAUGUAUUUCGUCUGAACUUCUCCCAUGGCUUGUUUAGCGAGAAGUACCAGCAGUACAAGUACAUUCGGGAAAUAGAGCACAAGUACCAAACGCCCAUAGGCGUGCUCGCGGACCUGCCAGGUCCCAAGCUGCGCCUCUCCGUCUUUGACCCGGAUGAGGUGACGCUAGUCAAGGGCCAAAAGUUCAUACUAGACGCAAGUGCGGUGCCAGGGGGCCCCCAAAGGGGCCCCCUGCAGCAGAAGUGGGUACUGGGAGCCCUUAGGGUCGGACACAGAGUACUAAUAGACGACGGCAAGGUACGGCUCAGGGUAAUUGAGCUCUCGCCACGCCUCCAGCAGCACCAGCAGCGGCAACACAUGCAGCAGCAGCAGCAGGUGCAGCAGCAGGGAGAAGAGGAGGAAGACGGGGCUGGGGACAGCAGCUCGGGGCCCUCGCAGGACAAUGCGUGGGUCCUCUGCGUGGUGGAGACAGGAGGCCCCAUAUCGAGCAAAAAGGGGGUCUCUUUGCCGGACACAUAUGUGCCUGUCUCUGCUUUGACUAAGAGAGACGAGCAAAUAGCAGCAAUGGUCACAGAGUGGGGCGUUGACUGGAUUGCCCUUUCCUUUGUGCAGUCCGCAGCAGACAUUCACAAACUCCGAAGGGUGAUCACAGCGCAAGCCAACGCCCUUGAGGGGGGCCCCCAAGGGGCCCCCGAAGCGGAUAUCCCGCGGGCCUUCGCAGGGCCCAUUCCAGAGGCCCCCGGCAGGGCACCUGCCCCAGCCUCACUUGGUACUGUGGGCUGCGUGGGGCCUCCCUGCGUCCCCCCGCUGAUAAUGGCAAAGAUCGAAAGGGCUGGGGCACUGCAGCAGCUGGGAGCCAUAGCAGCAGCAGCAGACGGCCUGAUGGUGGCGCGGGGGGAUUUGGGCUUGGAGCUGAACUCUGAGUUUGUGCCCAAGGCUCAAAGGGACAUAACAGCAGCAGGGAGACAGACGGGGAAACCCGUGGUGGUGGCCACGCAGAUGCUGGAGACAAUGAUGACAAAUCCCCUGCCCUCAAGAGCAGAGGCAGCAGAUGUUGCUGCGGCUGUGAUGAGCGGCGCUGCUGCAGUUAUGCUCUCAGGCGAAACUGCAGCCAGCAGCAGGGGGCCCCAUAUAGCCCGCAUGCAGCACAGCAUCAUCCAGCAGACUGAGGCGGACCCGAAAUACUGGGCCCUCAACACUCUCAAGUCCCCACAGGCAGCAACGGUGUUUGCCGCAGCAGCAGCAGAAGCGGGCACCCACCCAUGGGGGGCUCCUUCGAAACAGGGGGAGGAGAGGCAAGAAAGCCCCACGGGGCCCCUGGAGGCAUUAUCUGAAGGAAGCCAAGGGAAGCCUGAGCCCGAAGUGACCACUGAGGCCCUCGCUGUGGGCGCAGAGAUGAUGGCGCGUGUGUCUGCUGCAAAGGCUAUUUUGCUCAACACGAAAGACAGUCGAGGGGGGCCCUAUCUCUCCUCCUUGAGGCCAAAGGCUCCUAUUGUGGCCGCCACGGAAGACCUAAAGGCAGCCAGGAGGCUCCAGCUCUACUGGGGAGUCCAUCCUAUCUUCUUGGGGCCUCGCCCACAGGGUCCAGAAGAGAUUUCUAAGGUCAAAGAGGGACUACGGCAGUCAGACGGGGACAUGGACGAGGGUUGGGUGGAUGCUGCGAAGAGAGGAGCCAGGGCAGAAGGGUUUAUAAAGGGGCAGGGAGACCUGGUCGUCGUUGUGGGGCCCCCAAAUCAAAGAGGGGCAGAAGAUGAAGUGUCUUCGGAAGCAGGAGCAGAGGAAGCGGUGAGGAUCUGCACUGCGGCCUGA